UCCUGAUCAAAAUAAACAAAUCUAGUUACGUUUGUAAUUAGAAUUACCGAAAAUAAUAAAACAUAAAUAAAUACAUAAUCCUAGUCUAUUUCAUUAAAUCUACAAAAGACCUGUGCGAUGAAAUCAAAUAAAACCAAGCGAUGGUUCAGUUCCGCCUUCGACGUGGAACCGCCAACGGUCACGAGAAGCCACUCUGCCCUGCUGACGAGCGUGAGCGAACAACUGCCGGCGAGUAAGAAAACUAAACUAACCAAAACCAGCAGCUUUUCACACGUUGAACGUAACCGGACAACAGCAGCUCCAACAAGUGAACAAGCCCGUCAAACAGACUGGUCGGUAGAUUUUGAACCGAAAUCCGUCGCAGAGCUGGCAGUACACGCGAAAAAGAUCGAAGAAAUCCAGCAGUGGUUUAAAACAUACGACCGAGUGAAGGAUACCGAUCCGGUGGCUAUACUGCUAGUUUCCGGACCAUCCGGCACGGGGAAAAGCACUACAAUUAGGACAAUCGCUCGGGAGCUCAACUAUGAGGUCUGCGAGUGGACCUCCCCGGUCGAUGUGGAUUUGUUCUCCAAUGAAAACUAUGAUUUUGAAAAUGGAGCGAAGGAAGAAGUUACAUACAGGGCAGGUCAGCAGCAGCUGUUCGAUGAAUUUCUGUACAAAACGUCCCGCUACUGUUCGAUAUUCGAAGCACAGUCCAGUGGGAAGCUUCUGCUGGUGAAGGACUUUCCGAACGUUUUCCUCAGAAACCCAGAGUCCUUCCAGCGCUCACUGGAAACCUACUGGGAGGUGGGUGCGUCUCCAUUGGUAUUCAUCGCCACCGAGACCUCCAACAAACGGCUGGACAUCGUGUACAAUCUGUUUCCGCCGGCUGUUGUGCAGGAUUUCCAAAUCGCACAGGUAUCGUUCAAUAGUGUUUCGGGCACUCUGCUGAAGAAGGCCGUGAAACGACUCUGUUCGCUUCUGGUAUCGUCCGAUAGGGCCCAACAGUACCGGGUUCCGGCGCAGGAGACGAUCGACAGCAUUAUACUGUCCUCGCAGGGCGAUUUGCGGAACGCAAUGCUGAACGUUCACUUUGCCUCGCUAAAGGAUGUCCCAGGGCUGGCAACGGAGAUCGUGAAUGGAGCAGGGCAGGCCCUGAAUACGACGGGAACUGUGAGCAGUGGGCGGGGUAAGAAGCGGGAACACAAACUGAAGUCGGUCGGCUGCAACGAGAGUUUGACGCUGAUGCACGCACUGGGACGGGUCUUCAAUCCGAAGUUUAACGUCAUGGAGGACGGGUCGAAAAAGUUUCACCAUGCGCCGGAGGAGUUGACCGAUGCGUUCAUUUCUCAGCCCAGCUCGAUGAUUUCGCUGAUCCAUUCCAAUUACGUGAUGCGGUUUACCGAUAUCGAUGACAUCAUUGGAGCGGCAGAUGCGCUCAGUCUGGCGGAUGUGAUUAUGAGCGAGUAUAGAGAAGAUCAAUUGGCCGGUCAUGGAUUGAACGUCGUCGUACGAGGGAUGAUGAUCAACAAUCGAAAAACGGCGAGCGGUUGGCAGCAAAUUCAGAAGAAAAAGUCUUACAACAAACCGAGUCCUCGUUGCAACGAACAGCAGCUGGAAAAGUUCGGCCUCAAGACAUGUUCCAUCUCAGCUGGGCUGUUCAUGACGGAUUUUAAAACCUAUUUGGAUAUUAUUCAGGAGAGUAAAAAGCCGUAACAUCAAGCAAUGUCGUUGACUUUGUUGAAAUUAGGCUUUAAACUUUGCAGUUCAUUCGCCUCUAGCCCAGUGAAGAGCCACAAUAAAACCAGCCCAGAGGGGACUGGCGAAAGGGAAACCAAAAAAAAAAAAUCACUCAUCAGAUCUGUCCGCUCGACUCUCGGUUAAAGAAGAAGGUAGGAAGGGAUCCUAUGCUUCAUAAGAUAUUUAAUAUAUGCUGUAAAGAAAAGUAAAAAUUUACUGAUCCGAGGACCAAAGCAGUAACGA